UUGGUAUCACUUUCAUAGGUUUCUGACUUCCACGGCGUCGGAUUUUUUGGGUGCUUUGUAAUUUUGAUUGUAGGGAGGCGCGACGCGUGUUACUCGUGUUUUUAUUCUAUUGACAUUUGAAAUAAAGAUGAAUUCCUUAAUCAAACAGACUGGAGCCUUGAUGCGGCCCAUUUUGAUAUCAAAGUCAUUGAUACCGGCUCUCAACAGAUGCUACUCAAAUGAAGCCCCGGCUCGCACCGAGAAGACUAUCAACACUAUUACACUCCUGGGGCGAGUUGGAGCCGAUCCUCAAUCGCGAGGAAGCACAGAACAUCCCGUUGUCACAUUCUCUUUGGCCACUCACACAAAUUACAGAUACGAAAAUGGCGAUUGGGCUCAAAGAACAGACUGGCAUCGCGUUGUUGUUUUCAAACCAAAUUUGCGUGAAACCGUAAUGCAGUACCUGAGGAAAGGCCAAAGAGCCAUGGUACAAGGAAAAGUCACUUAUGGUGAAAUUACCGACCAGCAAGGCAAUCAAAAGACCAGCACUAGUGUUAUUGCUGAUGAUGUAAUCUUCUUCCGGGAGACAGCAUAGGAAUUAGCGCUUGUUAUAACUUAGUCUAGGGAUCAUAAUUCAUUAAAUGUUAUUCAUUCACCAGUGUAUAUCAUAUAUAUUUCUUAUAAUCUAUAAUUACAUGCUGAGUAUGUAUAAAAGUGUAAACUAUAGUUCCAAAGUAAACAGAUGUUAACAUAAA